AUGGCUACUAUUAGUCUCGAAUGCCUUAUUAAUCCCGUUCACGCAUUCGCCGGUCUUCCAAGAGAUGCUGUUAUUCAAACAAUUACAAUCCCCAGUGGGGCGAGAGACGAUGAUCUUGAAACUGAAAUUCGGAACCAGUUACCACCUCAAUUUAAAAAUGUCCCUUUUAUUAUUCGUGCAUUCCACCCCGGUGGUGUAAGAUAUAGAGUUGUGCAACCGCAGACUUUGAUUUCCGAUUAUUUCAAAGAGGGUCCUCCCGCAG